AUGGCUGCUUUUGGACACACAUUCCCCUCCUACGCUGGCCCCAAGUCGAACUUCCCAGUGGUCACCACCUUGGCCGUCAUCAUCGCCAUCUUUCUGACUUCACUGGUCACCUUCAUCAUCAUCCUGCCAGGCAUUCGGGGCAAAAUGAGGCUGUUCUGGAUCCUGUGAGUGGUGACCAGCUUAUUCAUUGGAGCUGUGAUCCUGGCUGUGAAUUUCAGCUCUGGGUGGUCUGUGGGCCAGGUCAGCACCAACACAUCAAACAAGGCCUUCAGUUCCGAAUGGAUCAGCACCGCUGUUGGGCUGCAGGUUGGGCUGGGAGGAGUCAACAUCACGCUCACAGGGGCCCCAGUGCAGCAGCUGAACGAGACCGGCGAUUACAACAAGGAGUUCACCUGGCGCCUGGGGGAGAACCACGCCGAGGAGUAUGCAAAGGCACUGGAGAAGGGGCUGCCAGACCCCGUGCUCUACCUGGCCGAGAAGUUCACCCUACACGGCCCACGUGGCCUGCAUGGCCAGUACCGCCUGGCGGGACACUACACCUCGGGCACACUGUGGUGA